GCUCGCAGCGCUCCUGGGGCUCGCAGCGCUCAUUCGGGCUCGCACAGCCCCGGCUCGGCUGCAGCCCCAGCAGCUCCUCACAGCCCGGGCAUCGCCAGGAAGCAGCCGGGAGGAUGCUGCCCCGAGAACUGCUGCCUCUGCUCACGCUGCUCUGCGUGUUCAGGGCGUCCGGCUCUGCCCUGGAUGAGGAGGAUGACUACGAGCUCAUGUACGUGAACCUGGAUAACGAAAUCGAGGGUCCGGCCCCUGCCACUGAGGAGGCUGCUUCGUGCGACUGCCAGCGGGAGCACAGCAAGUGGGACAAGCUGUUCAUCAUGCUGGAGAACUCGCAGAUGAAGGAGAACAUGAUGCUGCAGGCUCUGGAUGAGCUCCCCAGGGUGGAGCUGCAGACCCUGAAGGCAGAGCUGAGCCAGCUCGCCACCACCCUGGCGGGCACCUUCGCCGCUGUCACCUCCCACGUGGUGUCCCAGGUGGAGCAGGUGCUGGUGAGGAGCAGGGACCGGGCUGAGGAAGCCAGGAGGCUGCAGGAGUCGGAGCAAGGGAAGGUUCUGGAGCACGUCCUGCAGCUGAGCCACAACGUGUCUGCGAGGCUGGGCUGGCUGGAGAGCGCCUGGCGCAGCAGGGCCGAGGAGCAGCGGGCAGCUCUGCAGCAGGACACGCUGGAUGCCAGCACAGGGGACAGUGACAUCCUGAGCUCGCUGUGGAAGGAGCUGCAGCAGACCCGGGCCGAGCUGAGGGUGUCACAGCAAUGGGCAGCUCAGCACCUGCUGCCAGCAGGCUGUGAAACCGCCAUCCUGUUCCCCAUGCGCUCCAGGAAGAUCUUUGGGAGUGUCCAUCCCACCUCUGGAAUGACCCUGAGCUCCUUCACUGCCUGCAUCUGGCUCAAGGUGACCGAGGCCUUGGACAAAACCAUCGUCUUCUCCUACGGCACCAAGUUCAACCCCUACGAGAUCCAGCUGUACCUGAGCCGGGACUCGGCCGUGCUGGCUGUGGGGAGUGCCCAGCACAAGGUGGCUGCCAGGAAUGUGGUCACUCCCGGGAGGUGGCUCCACCUGUGCGGCACCUGGAGCUCGCAGAACGGCUCCGUGUCCCUGUGGGCGCAGGGGCGGCUGGCAGGCAGUGCCUCGGGCGUGGCUGGCGCCCACACCAUCCCCGACGGGGGCAUCCUGCAGCUGGGGCAGGAGAAGAACGGCUGCUGCGUGGGAGGGGGCUUUGAUGAAGCUCUGGCCUUCUCGGGGAAGCUGACGGGCUUUAACCUGUGGGACAGAGUGCUCAGCCCCGCCGAGGUGACAGCCCAGAGCGCGGGGGACGCCUGCGGCACGCGGGGCAACGUGGUGGGCUGGGGGGUCACGGAGGUGCUGCCCUACGGGGGAGCCCAGUACGUGUCCUAAACCUGGCUCUGCACAGCAAUGGAUCUCAGAGAGCUGAACAGCAAUGCUGCAACAGCCAGAGCUGCAGGGGCCCCUGCAAUUCCCAAGGAACAUCAGCGCUGCAGGUUCACAGAACGAGGUACUGUGGAGGUGGGAUCGACCUCUGCCUGCUGGCCUGGCAAAACCCUGAAAACACACCCACAGAUCGAGAUCUGGCAUUGGGAAAGCUGUUCCUGGCGUCAGGCAGCUCUGGCUCUCCAGUGCAGGGUUUUCUGAUGUCUGAAGUGAGGGUCACCAUGGACAUGCAGGAGCCCAAUGGAGCUCCCGACAUCCCUGCUGAGGAAAAUCUGACCUGGCUGUGCCAAACAGAGCAGCCGUGGCUGCCCCUGGAUCCCUGGCAGUGCCCAAGGCCAGGCUGGACAGGGCUGGGAGCAGCCUGGCACAGUGGAAAUUGUCCCAGGGGGUGGCACUGGAUGGGCUUCAAGGUCCAUUCCAACCCAAACCAUUCCAGGCUCCCUCCAGGCUCCUCCAGUCCUUGGGUUCUGUAGUGUUAAUGUGAAUUUUACAGAGGAACCACCCAAGUCAAGAAAUGUGUUGUCUAUUAAUCGUUGUUAGUAAUGUGUAGACUCUAAGAAAGCUAGUGCCUUGUUUAAAGCAUUAUUUAUGCCACGGGUUGAUAUAAAAGUAAUAUUCCCCAUCAUAAUCUGACGUUACAUUGGGAGGAAACGCAGCUGUAUUAUAUUGUACAUUGACUUUGUGAUAAUUUUAUUGAAAUUAUUUUUGUAAAGUUGUUUUGUAAAUAAAGAUACUUU